AGUUGCCAUUGAUCAGUUGAAGGCAUACUACAAGGGCAUGUCUGAUGUCAGAGAUCAACUUGGAAAGAAUUUGCCUAUUCCUGAAAGUCAAUACCCUUAUAAGCACUAUUACCAUAAUGGUAACACUAAUGACCAACUUGUUCAUUUCAAGUAUAUGUCUCAAAUCUCAGAUAGGCUAGUUUUCAUUGCUGAAACAGAAUCUCGAGAGAUCAUAAUUGUCAAAUUUAGUCGAACUUAUUCAAAAGAAGCACAUGAGCUUUGUGCCUCUAAAGGCUUUGCACCUGUAUUACGAGCUUAUGAGGAUGUUUGUGGUGGCUGGCACAUGGUAAUAAUGGACUACAAGAAACCGGAAGAAUAUAUACCAUAUCAUCUGCGAUCAGACAAGCAGUACAGCUUUCCAGAGCCCGUCAUUCUACAAGAAAGAUUUACAGAGAUUGUUCAAACCCUUCAUGCAGAAGACUAUGUUCAUGGAGACAUUCGUGAUUCGAAUUUUCUUGUUAAGAGUGAUGGAACAGGUGCUAUGCUAUUGGAUUUCGAUUGGGCAGGGAAGGAAGGUAUUGUUCACUACCCUAUAGACAUUAACUGCUUGACUGUGGAACGGCCUCCUGAAGUGAAAAGUGGAGUACAUAUCAAAAAGCAGCAUGAUUUGGACAUGCUUAACAUAAUGUUUAGAAGAUCAAAUUUAUAA